AUUUCGUCGGCCUCUGGACUCCUCGCCACCUCCCCAAAUUAGCAGAAGCCGCACGCGCGCGCCCGCGCCGGGGAGGAGCUUCCCCACCCCGUCGCUCCCCCGCAAAGACCGAGGCGAAACCCUAGAAGCCGCGCCGCCGCUCGCCGCCGGUCGCGGCGGGUGGUGGGCAGGGGCCUGACCGGUUCAGCGAGCAGUAAGAUCUGAGCGAACCGUGCAGUUCUGUAGUUUUUGGUGUGACGUUAGGGUUUCCGAGGUUUGUUCGGUGUCGCGGCGGCGGCGGAGGCGUUCAUGGCGGGUUCCAAGUUUGGGUCGUUCAAGUCGGAGAAGGGGAGCUCAGCAGGGGCGGCGGCGGGGGCCGGAGCGGCGGCGCAGAGGAGGGACCCUUACGAGGUGCUUGGCGUGGGGCGGAAUGCCACCGAGCAGGAGAUCAAGAGCGCCUUCCGCCGCAUGGCCCUCAAGUACCAUCCAGACAAGAAUGCUGACGACCCUGUUGCCUCGGACAAGUUCCAAGAAGCCACAUUUUCUUACAACAUACUGUCAGAUCCAGAUAAGAGGCGGCAGUAUGAUUCCUCGGGAUUCGAAGCCAUUGAAGCAGAUAGUCAGGAACUGGAGUUGGACUUGUCAAGUCUGAACACUGUAAAUACAGUGUUUGCUGCCCUGUUUAGCAAGCUAGGUGUACCAAUCAAGACCACAGUUUCUGCAACGGUUUUAGAGGAAGCAUUGAAUGGCUCGGUGGAAAUUUCCCAGCUUGAGCUUGGCCAAUCCGUCUGUAGGAAGGUGGAAAAGCAAUCAGCUCACUUUUAUUCUGUGGACAUAACAGAUAAAGAAGCCAAAAUGGGGUUAGUGUGUAGAGUUCAGUCAACUGCCAAAAGUAAAUUCAAGUUGCUAUAUUUCGAGCCUGAAGAAAAUGGUGGGUUAAGCCUUGCUUUACAGGAAGACAGUGCAAAGACCGGGAAAGUUACUUCUGCUGGAAUGUUCUUUCUUGGUUUUCCAGUUUAUCGUUUUGAACAAAAUAAUUCGGCUGCUGCUGCAAAGGAUCCUGAUAGUGCAUUCUUUAAAAGAUUGGAUGGCUUUCAGCCAUGUGAAGUAAACGAACUAAAAGCAGGAACACAUUUUUUUGCUGUCUACGGUGAUAAUUUCUUCAAGAGUGCAACCUAUAGUAUAGAGGUAGUAUGUGCUGAACCCUUUUCUACUGAAAAGGAGAAGCUACGAAGCGUGGAGGCAAAGAUACUUGCAAAACGAUCUGAGCUAUCUAAGUUUGAGUCUGAGUAUAGGGAGGUUUUAGCGAAGUUCACUGAGAUGACCGGCAGAUAUGCUCAAGAAAUGCAAACGAUUGAUGAUCUUCUCAAGGAAAGGAAUGCGAUUCAUGCAUCCUAUACCAACAACCCAACUCUGCAACGGAGUUCUAGUAGCAACAAAGGGAAAACAUCAUCCAAAGACUCCAAAAGUGAUGAUGACCAAACUAUGAAAAAGGAAAAGAAAUCAAAGAACAAGUCCAUGGAGGGAUCCAGAAGUGAUGACGAUGGUCCUAGAAAGGAGAAGAAACCUAAGGAGCGGCUUCGAAGGAAGAAAUGGUUCAACAUUCAUUUGAAAGUAGACAAGAGAAGACCCUGCUGAGGAAGGUAUUCCCUACAGUUUAGUACUCCCAAGAAAUGGAACCUAAGAGAGUUGCUCCGAGAAAAAAUAUGUCCUUGUCGUUCACUCUAGGGGGUCGGCUACUCGGCUGGGCAGGAAUUUCUGUUUGGCAUUCGGAAAGACACCCUCGCUUACUUUUUCUCCUGUGACAACAGUUUGUUUCCUGAAAAGUCAGGAUCCUCGGCAGUUUCAGAAAUGAUGUAAAAAAUUACAUGUAGUGUUCUUUUGGGGCCCUUACCAGUGCUACUCCAUUCACCCAGAAUCUAGACAGACGGUUACUGUACUGAUGUGUGUAUAACAGCUUUGAACUGUCUAUGUUGUACACUGUGGCCAGAACCAAUUCACAUGGAUCAAUUUUUUGGGC